CGUGACGAGGCCUGCAGCCGCGAGCCAGUUGUGAUGACAUCACGCUCCGGGAAGUAGAGCACUGAGAGGAAGGAGAGGGCUUAGCAAGCUCGAGAGACUUUGCACACUUUGCGCCGCCAUUGAUCCACAGUCGACACGCAGCAACACACAGCACAGCAAACAUGCGUGAGAUAGUUCACCUGCAGGCCGGACAAUGUGGGAACCAGAUCGGAGCGAAGUUCUGGGAGGUGAUCAGUGAUGAGCACGGCAUCGACCCAACAGGAUCUUACAAUGGAGACCUUUCCCUGCAACUGGACAGAAUCAACGUGUACUACAAUGAGGCUUCAGGAGGAAAAUAUGUCCCAAGGGCCGUCUUGGUGGAUUUGGAGCCAGGCACCAUGGAUUCUGUCCGAUCCGGCCCCUUUGGUCAGAUCUUUAGACCUGACAACUUUAUCUUUGGCCAGAGUGGGGCAGGCAACAACUGGGCCAAGGGCCACUACACAGAGGGAGCUGAGCUAGUGGAAUCUGUCAUGGACGUGGUUAGGAAGGAGGCGGAGGCCUGUGACUGCCUGCAAGGGUUCCAGCUUACACACUCUCUGGGUGGCGGCACCGGCUCUGGAUUGGGAACUCUGCUCAUCAGCAAGAUUCGUGAGGAAUACCCGGACCGCAUCAUGAACACCUUCAGUGUGGUGCCUUCACCCAAGGUGUCGGACACCGUGGUAGAGCCCUACAACGCCACCCUGUCUGUCCACCAGCUUGUCGAGAACACAGACGAGACCUUCUGCAUCGAUAAUGAAGCCUUGUACGACAUCUGCUUCCGAACCCUUAAACUAACCACACCCACCUACGGAGACCUCAACCACCUGGUUUCUGCCACCAUGAGCGGCGUCACAACCUGCUUGCGUUUUCCGGGACAGCUCAACGCAGACCUCCGCAAACUGGCCGUCAACAUGGUGCCCUUCCCCCGCCUGCACUUCUUCAUUCCGGGCUUUGCCCCGCUCACCAGCAGGGGGAGCCAGCAGUACCGAGCCCUGACCGUGCCCGAGCUCACUCAGCAGAUGUUCGACUCCAAAAACAUGAUGGCCGCCUGCGACCCCCGCCACGGCCGCUACCUGACCGUGGCGGUCAUUUUCCGCGGCCGCAUGUCCAUGAAGGAGGUGGACGAGCAGAUGCUGAACGUGCAGAACAAGAACAGCAGCUACUUCGUGGAGUGGAUUCCCAACAAUGUCAAAACGGCCGUCUGCGACAUCCCGCCCCGCGGCCUCAAGAUGGCCGCCACCUUCAUCGGGAACAGCACGGCCAUCCAGGAGCUGUUCAAGCGCAUCUCUGAGCAGUUCACCGCCAUGUUCCGACGCAAGGCUUUCCUUCACUGGUACACGGGCGAGGGGAUGGACGAGAUGGAGUUCACUGAGGCAGAAAGCAACAUGAACGACUUGGUGUCGGAGUACCAGCAGUACCAGGACGCCACCAUUGAGGAAGCGGAAUUUGAGGAAGAGGAAGACGAUGAAGAGUUGGCCUGACACUACAUGGAUCACCUUUCGUAUUGCAUAUGGUUCUUGCCCUUCCCCUGUGUAACUGACCUCUGAACCUUUGCCCGCUUCCUCAAGUCAAAGUGGGUUGGCAAUCUUUCUCGCUGAGGUCAUGACUUCAAUAAAUAAGUGGAACAAAUAUA